CCCUAGUGUAUUCUAAAUUUUGAUGCUAGGCAAUGAUUUUCAUUCCCUCUCGCUCCAGUACUGGAGUCAUUUCUGUCGCCGGCGUAGCCCAGACGCGUGUCGAAACAGCUUAUCUAUUGCUAGGAUUGAGUCUACUCAGGCUGCAGGCAAUUCAGGAAGGCCCUCCUCGGGUGAUGGCGAAGGUAGAACCACGCUGGUUUUCUUCCAAUGAGGUCUCUCCACAUCAGGUCCAAGAUGAAUCUUUCUAUCGUGAGUGCUGCAUUUGGAACAGAACCAGAAGUCGGUACAUGUCCGGCAAGUGAAUGCCUCGCCGAUUACGUGCUACUCAUACAAAGCAAGGCAUUAGCAACACAUU